GCUGAAAUACAGAAAUGCGAUACACUGUGUAACCUCUGUCCCUGCUCUCGGGUUUGGGUGAGUCCGAGUUGUAAUGUGUAUCAUUACCAUGGGAGCUGGGCAGAGCGUGUUACACACAGUUGUCUCUAGCUGCCUGUAUAGCUGCCUGUAUAGCUGCCUGUAUAGCUGCAUGUAUACACUCAUCUCGUCGGCUGAAAGAGGCUGCCUGCAGCAAGUCUAUCGACUGCAUGUGCCUAACAUGAUGCCAAUGGUAUAAACGUUUUGCCAUCAGGAGACAUCUAAACAAGUAUCAGUUUAGGCCUGCUUCUGAAAUGUCUCUGGAUCUCUCUAUAACUGGGCAUCGCACUGCACUUCCACAGCGCAAAAGCAGAAGCGCUUACCGGUUCAAAGCUGCCAACUCCUAUGUUGACGAGACUCUGUUUGGUACCUCUGGGGUAAGAGUGGAUCAAACUGUAAAGUGGAACACUGCACCACCUUGUCAGACACCCCUUCUGUGGAGCCCAGGAGAAAUACAAAACAACAAAAACACCUUAAGCUGUAGGCCUAAAAGCACUCCACCAGGGACUCCCAGGAAAAAGAUUCAGUACAGGGUGAAGAGCCGCACUCCUUCAUAUUGUGAUGAAUCUUUGUUUGGCGGAAAGGUGGAGGAAUGCACCUGGGAUGCGCCUUGGGUAAAAAAAGAAGACACUAUCAAAAUCCGCCCCCUUCUCUGGUGUCCUUCACCACGACCAGUCCAACAAAGUUCAGCACAGACUGCUAAGCAAGGUCCUUUGCGAGCUGUGCAUCCUCCUGAAAUCUCAGACAGUUCCCUCGGAACUUACAAGGGACUUGGAACCUUUUGGAAACCACCUGAGAAUGAUUCGGACUCUGGUGGCUAUUCCCCAUCUCCAUUCAGUGCAAGACAAAGCACCCCUGAGAGAGAGACUGUGCGAUCAGCAAGCUGUUCUGGCAGGGUGACGGGCAGAAGAGCCUCAGUUAAAAAACAGGAGAGACCUCCAUGGAAAUGACACUAGAAGAUUAUAGCAAUUUCUUCUAAACUUUUAAAUGCCAUCCAUUAAAGGGAACAGGUACACUUGUAUCACAAGGCCAGUAAGCAGGGAGUAUGAAUUUAGGCGUUACAGAAAGAAUAUAUUAAAAGCAGAAACUUGAUCAGCAUCAGUAUUCUGAUAGUACUUGGUUGUUGGUUAAGAAGAUUUGAUAAGGAGGUGACUGGCAGCCAUACUCCUCUAGUGAACAAUUACAUUCUGCUUUUGUUUUAAGGUAGAGUUUUUUAUCUGGGGACACUAAUUCUGCUGGGUCACUUUAUGGUUCUAUGGAUUUCUUAUGCUCAUUGACAUAUUAAGUAGCAAGAAAUCUCUGCUGGUGUGAGUGGCCAGGUGACAAACAAAACACUGCUAAUAUCCUUGGUUCGCUUAUUGCUUUAGCUGCUUGCAAAAUUACUUAUAUUUAGACAUUCACAUGUUAAUAUGCCAGGUAUCAUGUGGCAUUUUUACCUGCAUUUUAAAAAAAUUCCCUUGACAGCAUAAUUAAUCCAAUAAUGCAUUCACAUUGAAUUCUUGAAUUGCAUUGGCCAAAUGGGAAACAUGCAUUUCUGAUGAGCUUAAAGGAAUACUGUCAUGAUUUUAUGG